GCGCCCUCCCCGUCGGACUUCCCGGCGAGAGAGGCAUCAGGAGGCGCGCCUCCCGGGAGGCCAUGUCCACGGGCUCCCUGAGCGAUGCCGAGGGGGAGAUGCUGGCCUGCGAGGAAGACGAGGAGGAGGAGGAGGAGGCCACGGAGCCCCCGGCGCCCGCUCUCCCCGCUCCCGCUCCCGCUGCUCCUCCCGGCAAGGCGGCGGGGGCGGGGGGCAAGGCGCGGAGGAAGGCCUCCUCGGGGCCCGGCAAGCGGGGCAGCGCCCACUUCGGAGGGGCGCCCGAGGGCAAGCAGGUCCAGCGGCACGCCGCCAACGCCCGGGAGCGCGCCCGCAUGCGGGUCCUGAGCAAGGCCUUCUCCCGGCUCAAGACCACGCUGCCCUGGGUGCCCCCCGACACCAAGCUCUCCAAGCUGGACACCCUCCGUCUGGCCUCCAGCUACAUCGCCCACCUCCGGCAGAUCCUGGCCAGCGACAAGUACGAGAACGGGUACAGCCACCCCGUCAACCUGACUUGGCCCUUCAUGGUUGCUGGCAAACCAGAGAAUGAGCUGAAAGAAGCAGUGAACACGGCCCGAUUGUGCGGUCCCACAGCAUCCUGACCCAGGAUUUUUAAACAUGGGAAAGCCAGCCAUCUGUGUAUAUGUACAGGUGUUUUUGAAUGCCUGUGUACAGGCGUGUAUGUAUGAAGGGGGCAGUCAGGAAAGAGACAACAAGAUUGCUUUCCCACAAAAGAACCUAAAUGUUGAAGAGAUGACCAAAUGCGUCACAUGCCAAAGGGUGGGAGGAACAAUUUAGCAUCCCAAAGAGCGUAUAUUUAACUUUAUUAACUUGUACAUAUUUUAAUGUCCCACAACCGCGCCUUGCUGGUUCAAGUGCUGUAAUCUUUCUCCAACCAGACAUUUGUCACCAUCUGCCUUUGUGUAAAUGACCUUGUGAAAGACAGGUCCCUAGAACAUUAUUCUCAUAGUAGUCACCUUUCUCUAAACAAUUCACAUUAAAGAUAACUCUAUGGAUAUAUUUUCAUCAGACAGGGUUUCUUAUAUUUUCAUGUGAACAAUAACCAAAAGACCUCUUCAUAUGAAAAGAAAUAACAACAAAUAAUAAUGUUGGUGUGAGUUUCCUUUAAUUUGUUCAAAAUGAAGAUUAUUUAUUUUCAAUUUUGCUAAAGAGGAUGAUAUUGGUUCACCUACACAUCUUAAAGCCCCACAGAGCCUCAUAGUGUCAAUUCAUUUGACCCCAGAUUAUGAAAUGUUUAUUUUCUUAAUUAAGGAGACGUAGACCAUGUCCUUUUUUGGGGAGGGUAGUUUAGCACACUAGAAAAACAACAUAGGCACAGAAAGAAAGAAGGAAAGGGAAGGAAGAAGAUAUGCAAUGAUGGCUUUUUAUGGGGAUUUGGAUGGAUUGUAAAAUUGUUAGUGGAAUUCACUGUUUUGUGAAGUUAGUAAUUCAGUCUUCAGUCUCACUAGCUAAACUUUGCAAUGAAGGGAUGUCCAAGAUGAGGCAUUUGCUGUGCGGUCAUUCUGCCCUGUCUCGAUCAUGGAAUUUUUUAAUGUGAAAUUUAAAUGUUGCCUUUGUUUUUGUAAUCCAUCCUUUUUUCCUUGCAAGAUAUUGUUAGAAUGAUAAAGUGGGACGAGACCACAAUCAUUCAGAAGGAAAGUUUUCAAAGGGAUCUUGUAGCAUCUUAGAGACUAGGGCCCCUUCCACGCAGCUGAAUAAAAGCCCACACUAUCUGAUUUGAACUGGAGUAUAUGGCAAUGUGGACUCAGUUAACUUGGUUCAAAGCAGAUACUGUGGGAUUUUCUGCCUUGAUAUUCUGGGUUAUAUGGCUGUGUGGAAGAGCCCUAACUGAGAGAUUUCAAAGUUGGUUGUACAAUAUAAAAUUUCAAAGACUAAAUGUAAUCCCCCCAAUGUUUUUGAAUAGCUCUAUGAUCCUUUUAGCCUAGUAGCAGUUGGAAUAGCUCAUCUGGAAGUACCCAGAGUGUUCAUAGAACAAGCUAAUUUAUUCUUAUUUGGGGGGGGGGGUGGAUUGUGCCAACUGAUUUCAAAAGAUUUACUGCCAAGAAGUUUCUAGGUAGUGUUUGUUCACUCCAGUGGGCUGUUCAAAACACCUGUUUGUAAAUAAAUUCAAUUUAGGCCCCUUCAAUUUAGACCAGGAUCUGAUCCCAGAUUACCUGAUUUAAUCUGGAUUAUAGGAGUCUCCACUGACAGAUAAUCUGGGAUCAGAUCCUGGAAUAUAGGAGCAGUGUAGAAAGGGCUGAAGGCUAUGUAAAAUCCAAAUUAUCUGCUUUGAACUGGAUUAUAUGGCAGUGUAGACUCAUGUAAUCCAGUUCAAAGCAGGUAAUGUGGAUUACCUGCUUUGAUGAUCUGGAUGAUGUAGCAGUGUAGAAGGGGCCUAAGUUACUCAAAUAGGUACCCUUCCAUUUUUAUUUUUUUGGAGUACAAGUCCCAUCAGUACUAGCCAGCAAUUGUCAAAUAUGAUGGAUAUUAGAGGCUCCUCUGUUGUCGGAGAUGCAACUAUAUGUGUAACCUAUGUUGUCAGAGAUGCAACUAUUUCUGUAACCUAGCCAUCUUGUCUGGCUAAAUUGUGAGUCUGCCUAUUAUAGUUUGGGAUGGUUUUUAUAAAACUAAUUAUGAAUUAUCUCAUGUGUAAAAAAUAGUAUUUCCAUUCAGUGGUUUGGAAUCCAGUGAGAAUAUUUGAAUUAACAAGUUAUUUAAGGCAAGAAGCAUUUGGACAGAAAUACUUAAUACACUGCCUGACAUACACUGAAGGCACUGUCUUAAUGUCGAUAUCUGUCAGUAAGGGCAUCCAAUUUAAAAAGCAAUGGCAUGAGAAAAAUAGUUUGGUGACUUCUCUCAAAUUUAAACUGCUGCACCCUUACAGAAUCUAUUGGCUUGGUACACAGAUUAAUAUUUAGAAAAAAUGAUGUGAGAAUUUUGAAAUCUCAUUUUGUUAUUUCCUGGUGUGAUGACUACAAUUGUAAGGCAGAAUUUGGGCAAGAGGUUUUCCAGAAGUUUCUAGCACAAUUCUCUCCAGAUUGGAUUGGAUUAUGUAUGUACAAUAUUUGUGCUUUCUACUCUGUGCAUGACUGUAUUAUUGAAACCCUAUUUUCCUAAGUGUGUCAUAUGUUAAAUUAUAUAUAUUUUUGUAUAGAUCAAAUUACAAUAUGGCAAUAAUUUCUGUAUAAAAUACUGGCACUGUUUAAUUUCUUUAAAGGCUUGGGAACUCAAAUAUGUCUGUAUAUUCCCAUGACCUAGAAAGAGUAAUCGUGAUUGUUCUGGGAUGGUGGGAUAAUAUGCUCAAAUGAAUUCCAUUCCAUUCUCCAUUUUAUUCAAUGGCAUCCUUGAUCUUAGAAGCAAGUUUUGGAGUUGUGGAUCAAGGGAAACACUUCCCCCAGUGACAAAGACCGGAUGCAAUGAUACUUCCAAGAAGUCCCUCACUGCAUCAAUCUGUGGCCCUCCAGAUGUUUUGGAUGAUAAUUCCAAUAAUCCCUGAUAACUGGCCAUGAUGUUUGAGUCUAUAGGACAGUGUAGUUCAACACAUCUGGAAGUCACCAGUCCUGUGUUAUAUGAUGGCGGAACCAAUGAAAAUAUCUUAAGGAGUGUAGACUGCUGAUGAAGUGGGAAUUCUUUGCAUGGGAGAGAUAGCCCUGCUUGGUUCACCCUACGGUGGCUUCUUAAUUUAAACAUUUUUUCUCUAUUGAUCUGAUUUGUUACUCUGUGAGAGAUUAAGCUGAGAGAUAAAUAGAAAGUGCUUGGCUCUUUCUCUUGAGCCAGCUCAGUCCAGAGGCAGCUGAUGCGCCAGAUCCCAGAGAAACUGUUUAACGUUUCAAGGUUAUGACCGCACUGUUUACAAGAUGUCUUCAGUUAUUUAUACUGUUAUUCCCAACAGAGGGGCUUUAAAUUUCCGCUUCACUUACUAUUUCUCUCUCCGCCUUUCUGGGAGUGUGUCUGUGUUUCUAUUCCAUUCAAUGCAAUACCUGGGCAUUUUGUUGCAUUUUCCUUUGGGUAAAGAAAGGAGCUUGUGGUAACAUUCACAAGGAGCAAAUCCAUGCUGAAAGUAAAUGCUGAUUAGGGAAUGUACAAAAAUCCAGCAGAAGAUAAGCAAGAAAACAGAAGGAUUUUUAAAGAGAAACAUGGUAGCACAGGAAGACAUGCUUAAGAUUCCUUAAGCUGCAUCAAGACAACAAUUGUCCUCCAGCAUCUUCCAAACCAACCAACUAACAGUACAACUCUGUGCAUGUCAACUUAGAAGUAAGUCCCGCUGAGUUCAAGGUGGUUUUCUUUCCAGAACUGUGUGUCCAGAACUGGAGCAGUAUUAUGGCAAAGCCUUCAUAGGCCAGGAUAUACAAACUGUUCUAAUUGAAAUUAGAAUAUAAAUGUAUUUUGACUUCAAACAGAAACUGAAAAUGUUGUUUACAAAAUAAAACCAAAAAGACAGUGUGUGUACAAGCAAAAUGUUUCAGUAUUAGACAAGAAGAACCUUGGUUUCCACUAGGGUUUUGUUACAGGAUUCCCAUGGAUACUAAAAUCCAUGGAUCCUCAAAUGCCAUUAUAUACAAUAGCAUAGUAAAAUGGUGUCCCUUAUAUAAAAUGACAAAAUUAAGGUUUGCUUUUGGGAUUUUUUUUUCAAAAAUAUAUUUUCAAGCCAUUCAUUUAUGGUUGAAUCAAUGGUACGGAAUCCAUGUAUAUGAAGGGCAGACUGUAACUAUAAAUUUGUUAAGGUGUACACGUGAAUACAUAACAUAAAUGAAUAAUUUCCUUACUUCUGUUGCCAUGUGAAACACUCCAGAAUGUACACACAGUGAGUAACAGGCAUAUGCAGUAGUAAAUAAACACCUAAAGAGAGCCAAAUGGCUUUUAGAGUAAACUGAAACUUCCCAAGAUUUGUUGAGAUCGAGUUUCACAAUGUCAGAUUUGAUAAAUUGUUCCAUUUUGGUAGCUUCAUAUUGGGAGUUAGUUGCACAAUACAUUUAUGGUUUAUGAAGAGGGGAAGCAUAAGUGGUAUCAAUGACAAUUUAAAUCCAUGAAUCCAUGAGUGGGAAGGUGUAAAUGUGUCAUAUGGAAUAUAUACAUCUGGUAUUAUGGCUAUCCGAUUAUAUGCUUUUACUCAAUGCAUAUGUUUUUGUAUUAAGGAAUACAAAUUUGGAUUCUUUAUUUUAAA